AUGACUGAAAGAGAAUUCACUCUGAAACAUAUAUUCACUGAUGUUGAGAAAUGCGAGCAAAAUCAAUAUCUCGAAAGUCCAGAAAAAGAAAAUUUUGGUAUCAGAUGGGAAAUAGGAAUUAAAAAAGAGGACGAACACCUCGGAAUGUUUUUAUACACAAAUGUGACGGGAAAUCAAGAAAUUCACACUAAUUUUAUCCUGAGAAUAUUUUCGAAAAACCGGGAAAAAAGUUAUUCAAUGUCUUCGAGUUAUAUGUUUGAAAGACCCACCAAAUUCAUUAUUCAUGGUUGGCACAAAAUCAUUGAAUGGAGAACUUUGGAAGAUGAAUAUCUGGAUGAUGGAAAAUUGGAAGUGGAACUUCAUGUGAAAAUAAAUAAAAUGGUUGGCUUUCCGGAAGAAACAAAUGAAUUUCCCAGAAAAGAUUUAAGAAGUUUCGGAGAGGAUAUGAAACAAUUCUCCGAUGUCACAUUGAAAGUAAAAGAGCGGAAAUUCUAUAUUUCGAAGUUGUACCUCUCCUCUCAUUCUCCAUAUUUUGCAACUUUAUUUUUGGGAAGAUUUCAAGAAUCUGAAAAAUCAGAAAUCGAAUUGAAAGAUGUCAAUCCUCAAGACUUCCAAUACUAUCUUGAAGUUCUACAUCUAGAAAAUGGAAUUGAUGAUGAUACUGUCCAAGGAAUUUUAUCAGUGGCUGAUAUGUUCGACACUCCUAAAAUUGUCAAAAAAUGUGAAGAAUUUUUGGUCAAGGAAUCAAAAAAGGGAUUGAAAGAAAAGUUGGAAAUGGCUGGAAGUUACAGGUUGGAAGAAUUGAAAAAAAUGUGUCUGAAUCAGAUCAAGUCAAGAGCGGAUAUUAAUUCAGUUAUUUCAGAGGAUCCCAGUGAAAUGGACCCAAAAAUUCUUGCAGAGCUUCUCAAAAAAUCACUUGUUUUCAAUUGA